GGUCAGAAAGGUCCGGACUAUGCAACAAAUGUGAAGAGGAGGCGCUCUUUGCUCUGUCAGUAUGUCACUCUGAGCAAUGAAAGGACAGUGGUAAAGGGGUCGAGGCGGGCAGAAAGUAGCAGACCUGCCCUCCGGAGUAACCAGUAUGCCCGCGUUUGUCCCACGUCUCUCCGUGGAUGUCAGUUUUAAUGGGACCUCCACUUGAUUAAAUCAGGAUUACGUCUGUGGGCUUUGAAGAUGCUUUUGCUGACUCCAUUUGCACUUUGGACUUUCCUGCUCUUCCUGCUGAAAACGGCGUAUUCUAAUUACUCGGUAGAUCAGUGCAAUUGGAAAGGAAGUGGUUUAUCCCAGGAACCCGGCAGCGUGGAGCAGAUCUUCCUACACUGUGCUGAAGGGGAUGUGGAGUGGCUGUACCCGGUGGGAGCGCUGCGCCUCAGCCUCUCUCCCCGGCUCCCCUCGGGGCCAGCCGUCCCAUCCAGCCGGGGGAGCUCCGGGGGCCGCAUCACGGCGUGUAUCAAACCGUCAGAGAGCUUCCGGGGGGCGCAGAUCUACCUGGAGAGGGACGGGGAGCUGCAGCUGCUGGUCCGGGACCAACACCAGCAGGAGGAAGAAGUGGUGGAGGAGGAGGAGGGAGUCGAGCCCAAAGUGCAUUGUUUCAGCCGCUUGGCCGGCGAGAAGGUGGCGCUCUUUAUCCAGUCAACACUGCACAGGGACAUCAGCCGCCGCAUUGCUGCCUUUAAGUAUGAGCUCCGCGGGGACUGGAGCUCGGGACUGCUGCUCCCUCAGCAAAUUGAAAGAGCGUGUAGACCAUGCAACGACACAGAAGUCCUUAUGGCUGUGUGCACAAGUGAUUUUGUGGUGCGAGGUCACAUUCGAACCGUGGUCCAUGAUGCAGAGCGGCAGGAGUCCAUUGUUAGUGUGAGCACCACCAAAAUUUAUAGACAGAAGUACACCCUCUUUCACCCGAUAGGAAAAUAUGGAAAAUCUUUCGGGGAAGUCAGGACAUUCUUAAAGUGUGGCGUGAAACAAGGAGUCGGGAGCUUCAUUUUCACUGGCCAUGUCCACUUUGGAGAGGCAUGGCUCGGGUGCGCGCCUCGCUACAAAGACUUUAAGAGGAUCUAUGAAGUGGCCAAAGAAGCACAUGAGAAUCAGUGCGAGAUUGAGUCAGACUGAUGCUGCUUAACAAACUUUGCUGCUUUUUUAAUUGGCAGAAAAGGACUGUAAAACAUAUGCCGCUACGCUGCCACGGUACAUUCGGAAUCACAUUGUGAAAGAAUCCCUGAAGAAAAGGUUUUGGGCAGGGUUGAUUCUUUAUCCAGUGGGAACAACUGUGGCUGUGCUGGUAACCUCACUGUGCAAAGGACAUUGAGAAAGGAACUGUGGGAUUGAUUUAUUGCCCAAUGAGAACAAUUGUUAUUGCACAGGCAGCCUCAUAUGUGAAGGCCCCUUAGAGAGGAUGGGGACUGAUUUAUUGUACAACAUGAACAAUUGAGAACGUGCACUCAGUUACACUUUGUGAAGGACCAUUUUAGUUGAUGAAUAAAUUUGUAAAAAAUGUCAUACCUGAACAAUUCCCUUUUAACAAGGGGACAAUGGAGUACUCCAGAGUAAAAUUAGUUUUAAAAACAAAUUGUGCGACUGAUUCAGCAUCCUGAUGGAACAUUCCACACAUAAUGUAAAGUGUACAGGCUGCAUGAUUACAUAGGUGCUUAUGAAGAUCUUUAAUCAAAACUAACAACUGGUAACAGAGAUUAUUGACCUGCAGGAUUAAUGACUGAAGUUUUAGCACUUGACCAGUGCAAACGAAUAUUUCUGAUCAUCCGGCUGAGGUGAAACUCAAAACUAGAUAAAUGUUCCCUGUUUCAAGAAGAGAAUGUUUACUUUGUAUAUUUUUGUUAUAUUUAUAAUUUUAUUCGGUGCAACUUUAGAAAGAGGGGACCACAGUCUACAAAAUUGGAGUCUCAGUCAGUUAAAUAUAUCAGUUUAAAUACUGAAAGCAUCAGUAUUGAUAAUAAAAAUAACAAUGUGUAGCAUUGGUAGUUUUAUCUCUUUCCAUUUAAUGUUCCCGUUAACCCCAGAAAUCUAUUCACAUGCUCCCUUAGCACCAUGUAACCUCAACUCUUGAACCAUAGGUUCACCAUUCAUCCCAUUCAAGGCUCUGGAGUUUAUUGCCUUCUUUAUGAUCAGAAAGCUGUACUCUUGUCUGCACAUUCUCUUUGUGAUCAGAAUAGUAAUUGUAGCAUCAGCCACUUUCAACAUUGAUAAAAAUAUGUUCUUAGUAAACCGGAUACCAGGGCACUUCUUGUGCAAAAUGAAGAGUGUUUGGCAAUGGAGGGAAGGGGGGAAUGCACUUCUUUAUCGUGGAAACAGGGAAAGACUGAGCUCUGUAUUCAGUAUUUGAAGUGAAAAAUAUGAACAGACUAGGGGAUUGUGUAAAUUUCUGGAGUUUACAAAAUGGCCACCACAACCAACCUGUAAUAUUAAAAUACAAAUGCCACAAUACUUAAAAUCUGACUAUUUAAUUUGAAAGGGAUUUAAGGUGUCAUAUUUGUCAAAACACUAUUAUGAACUAAACAUGGAAAGAGUGAUGAAAAUGGACCAAUAUCUUUACUGUGCUUUUGUUAUUUCUUAGUACUUUCCUUGGCUUACCAUACCAUUGUAUUGUAGAAACAUGGUGCUGCCAACUCUACUCAUGUAAAAUAUUUACUAUAUUGCCAUUCUCAGUGGUCUUAGUUAUGUUUGUGUGUCUGCAGCUAGCUUGAGUGUACAUAGUGUAAAUAUUUAUGCUAAAAGAAACUCCUAAAUUCAAUGGCUGGAAAAAUUGAGACUUUCUGUGUCUCUAUGUAUAAAUAUGGGCUGUAGUUUUGUUCUUAAGAAUGUAUCUGUUUAAAAAAAAUUGUUUUGAUUUUACAUCUGAAAAGUUUAUUAAAAUCUGCAACAAAUUGUCAUUUG